AUGUCCCCAAGAUAUACUCUAGUAUUUGUCAUCCUUCUAGUUACGAUAAUCUCCGUUAAUUCUGGCCGUAUCACCAGACAGGCUCGAAGAUUUGGACGUCGAGGCCGUCCAUGGUAUCGCCGAGGUUAUGGCAACCAAGGUUAUGGCAACCAGGGUUAUGGCAACCAAGGUUAUGGCAACCAGGGUUACGGAAACCAAGGAUAUGGCAACCAGGGUUAUGGCAACCAAGGACAAGGUUUUGGCGGCGGCUACAGCGCUUCCCAAGCAUCAGCAUUCAGCAUCAACACACCCUUCGGAGGAUUCUCGGGAGCUCUAUCCUCAUCUUUUGGAGGGGGUUUUGGCGGACUGCCUCGGCCUCGGCUGUUGGCGUGGGUGACUAUAUCAACAAAAUCAACAGAGUUGUUCCGCGUUACUGGUCAUGACCGGCGAAUCACGGGUGGAGAAAUUGCUAUUAAACCGAGAUAA